UAAAGAGAUAUGGGUAAACAAUUCUUAGUAACAAUAGCCAUCUUGGCCUUAGUUUAUUCACUUGUCAAUGCUUCUGAUCCAUCUCCUCUUCAAGACUUUUGUGUUGCAAUUGAUGAACCAAAAGAUGCUUUGUUUGUGAAUGGAAAGUUCUGCAAGAACCCUAAUCUCGUUAAUGCUGAUGACUUCUUCUUCACGGGACUCGACAAACCUGGAAACACCUCAAAUCCUCUUGGAUCAGCUGUCACAGCUGUAAAUGUGAUACAACUAAAAGGUCUCAAUACUCUUGGAAUCUCCUUGGCUCGUAUUGACUUUGCACCUUAUGGAUUGAAUCCGCCACAUACGCAUCCUCGUGGAACCGAGGUCCUCUUAGUUCUAGAGGGAAGCCUUCUGGUAGGCUUUGUGACGUCUAACAUCCCAAACCAAAAGAAUCGAUUAUUCACAAAAACAUUAUACGCUGGAGAUGUUUUUGUAUUUCCAGAAGGCCUCAUUCAUUUUCAACAGAAUAUAGCUGAAACAAAUACUAUUGCUUUUGCUGGCUUGAGUAGUCAAAAUCCAGGAACUAUUACGAUUGCGAAUGCAGUGUUUGGUUCAGACCCCGAAAUAUCACCCGAUGUUCUCACUAAGGCUUUUCAAGUGGAAAAGAAUGUGAUCGAUUAUCUUCAAUCUCAAUUCUGGUGGGACAACAACUACUAAAC